AUGAGGAAGAAAACCAUAGCACACAAGCCUCCUCAUGAAAAGUUGUAUAAACUUCCAUCCAAGCCUUCCACUCGCUCACAAGACAAAACCUUCACUCCAUCGCCUUCUCCUCCUACUUCUCCUCCACGCACUGUUCCCAUGGCGCGAACCAAGACUACUCCAAGGUACCCUGCUCCUGCCAAACCGAUGCCACCAUCGAAGGCAACACCAUCCAAACCAAGUUUCACAAAAUCUAGUUCAUCCAAGGAUAAGCGUCCUUCUGUUGAAGAGCCUGUUCCUGAGCUUACAAAACCUAAGUCAAGGUCUGUUCCUGUGCGUUCACAAAGAGGUAACCCUCAUCACCUUCUCAAAUCUGUUAGCGAACCAGACAUUGAUCCCUUUGCUCACAAAUCACACUUCAUGACAUCUCACUCAGACUUUAACCCCAUUGUUUCAAAUCUGCCAUGA